AUGAACCUGCUCCCGUGCAACCCCCACGGCAACGGGCUGCUGUACGCCGGCUUCAACCAGGACCACGGAUGCUUCGCGUGUGGCAUGGAGAAUGGCUUCCGUGUCUAUAACACAGAUCCCCUGAAGGAGAAGGAGAAGCAAGAAUUUCUGGAAGGAGGAGUUGGCCACGUUGAAAUGUUAUUUCGCUGCAACUACUUAGCAUUAGUCGGUGGUGGCAAAAAGCCAAAGUACCCUCCCAAUAAAGUGAUGAUCUGGGAUGACCUGAAGAAGAAGACUGUCAUUGAGAUAGAAUUCUCCACCGAGGUCAAAGCGGUCAAGUUACGGCGCGACAGAAUUGUGGUGGUUCUGGACUCCAUGAUCAAGGUGUUCACGUUCACGCACAAUCCCCACCAGCUGCACGUCUUUGAGACCUGCUACAACCCGAAAGGUCUGUGUGUCCUGUGUCCCAACAGCAACAACUCCCUCCUGGCCUUCCCGGGCACACACACCGGCCAUGUGCAGCUGGUGGACCUGGCCAGCACUGAGAAGCCCCCUGUGGACAUCCCUGCACACGAAGGCGUUCUCAGUUGUGUGGCCCUCAACCUGCAAGGCACUCGGAUUGCGACUGCAUCUGAGAAGGGGACCCUCAUCAGAAUAUUUGAUACCUCAUCAGGGCACCUCAUUCAGGAGCUACGGAGGGGCUCCCAGACGGCCAGCAUCUACUGCAUCAACUUCAACCAGGACGCAUCCCUCAUCUGUGUCUCCAGUGACCACGGCACGGUGCACAUUUUUGCUGCCGAAGAUCCCAAACGGAACAAACAGUCCAGCUUAGCGUCUGCCAGUUUCCUCCCAAAAUACUUCAGUUCCAAGUGGAGUUUCUCCAAGUUCCAGGUUCCCUCGGGCUCCCCAUGUGUCUGUGCCUUUGGGACAGAGCCCAAUGCUGUCAUUGCCAUCUGCGCAGACGGCAGCUACUAUAGAUUCCUCUUCAACCCCAAGGGGGAGUGCGUCCGGGACGUGUAUGCACAGUUCCUGGAGAUGACCGACGACAAGCUGUGAGCCAG